CCUUGUCAAAUUUUCCCCACACGCUAUAGUGCAGCUCUUGAAAUGCCAAACUGUGCUGCUUGAGUCCUAAGGAUCAAUGAUCACCGUGACACUGUUAACUCACAAUUGGAGAGCAGGGGUGGACUGACAGCUCAUGGGGCCCCCGGGCAAUAGGGGAUCAUGGGGCCCCUGUGUCCUCACCCAUACCCAAAAAAGCCUAUGAAAAAGCCAAUGAAAAGUACCAGGGGCAUCUCAUGGGGCCCCCUACUGAACCUGGGCUCUCGGGCAGUGCCCGAGUGCUCGAAUGGUCAGUCCACCCCUGUUGGAGAGACU